UAUCUUGCGUCGCCUGCUGUCGUCGGAAGUGUCUCGCGCAUUGUGCAAAGAGGUGGAUGGAGUGUUACAGUGAAAACACGCAUCACGGAUCGUAGAAUGGCACUGUCUUACCUCCAGGAGGCGCAAAUUAACGCAGGACUCUUGACCGGGCAACACCUCGACAUGAAGCAAGAAUCGGAGAAGCAGCCGCUCUCGCCGUCCUUGAACAACAGAUCGCAAAUGGUGUUCACUGGGAUGGGUAACGCGCCGGCAGGUUUGUCUAUGCUCACGCCACAGCAAUUGUUGGCUGCAAGUAGAACAGCGGCUCUGAUGGCUGCAGGGAUUCCCGUGUCGCUGCACGCCACUCUAGCCGCCAGCCCGUCUCUCUACGGGCACCAUCAGACUCUGUUCGGCGGUUGGGCUCCGCCGACCGCGUCCUCGCCCCCGUUGCCGCUUCAUCACUCGCCGGGACCUGUGUCGCCCGCGUUGAGCACCAAGUCGACCUCCAGGCGCGCCACCAACAACGUCACGAACAACAACAACAACCACAAUAAUAACAACGUUGUGAGCAGCAGCGGCGACAGAAUCACGAAGAGAUCGGCAAAGAGGAAAUCGACGAAAUCGAAGGCGGAGAGCGUGCAACAACCGAUAGAGGGAUCGGCGCCUCUUAGCCCGCUCAGUUCGAUCAGCCCCGAGGCGAACAAGGACGCGAGAGACAAGGUGUUCACCUGUGGCGUGUGUUCCAGAUCAUUCGGCUACAAGCACGUACUGCAGAAUCACGAACGCACCCACACUGGCGAGAAACCUUUCGAGUGCCCGGAAUGUCAUAAAAGAUUCACGCGGGACCAUCACCUAAAAACCCACAUGCGGCUGCACACGGGCGAGAAGCCCUACCACUGUAGCCACUGUGACCGUCAAUUCGUCCAAGUGGCCAACCUGCGCCGCCAUUUGCGCGUGCACACCGGCGAGCGGCCGUACGCGUGCGAGUUGUGCGCGGCCAAGUUCAGCGACUCGAACCAGCUGAAGGCUCAUCUGCUGAUCCACAAAGGCGAGAAACCGUUCGAAUGCGAGCACUGUCAGAUGCGAUUCAGACGAAGGCACCAUCUGAUGCACCACAAAUGCGGCACCGGGAACGCGAAUCCUGGACAAAUAACGAGAUCACAGGUCGCCUCGCCGUCUUUGGCCAGCGACGAUCUCGACGAGGACAUUGACAUUGAUAUCGACGUGGAAGUGGAGGAGCCAGAGGCAACGUCGUUGCACGUCAAUAAGAAGACGAGCACGUCGGUAAGGCCAGCGCAUCGUCAGUUACCGAGCCCCGUCGUCACCGCCUCUCUGCCAAUACCGUUGAAUCUGUCCAUCCCCGUGGAUCUGCCGGAACAGACCGAACCAGAGGACUUAUCCAUGUCAACGGGCAUGCACUCGCAGUGCAGGUCGAACAGCGUCGGCGACUCGCCGCUAAGCCGCAGCCCAAGCAGCGACACCAUGCACGAAGAGGACGACGAGGACCUGGACACGUCGGAGACGUCCAGCUCGAACACGGUCUUUCUUCGGAAUCACCGCAACAAGUACGUGCAUCACUUCGCAUCCCUUGGGAACCCCGCCGCGGCUAACGUCGGCCACGCGUCCUAGUGGAAUAUUUAGGGGUACGUAGACGACACAGCUGCGUGUAGAGAAACCACGUUUGUUCGGUUCGACGCGUCUACCCAAUGAGGAGGAGGAGGAGGAGGAGGAGGAGAAACGGUGCUGUUGCAGAGUUUUAGGGUAAGGAAGAGAAAAAGAGAGACAAAUACGUAUAUGAUCAGGGAGGGAGAAACAAAAUGGAAUUUCCAUUGGUUUGUACACACUACGGGUAGCAAGCUCCGAAUCGAGCUCUGGCAAGCUCAUGAAAAUCGAAUUGAAUCCUCACGCUGAAUCCUCCACGCACCGGUUCACAGUCACUAUUGUUAAGAUGCUUUUUAUAAAUAUAUAUAUUAUAGUAUUAUAGAUGAUUAUAAAUUAUUAUUGUACGAGGAGGAAUUAGGUAGAGAGAGAGAGAGAGAGAGAGAGAGAGAGAGAGAGAGAGAGAGAGAGAAAGAGCGUAUCGGUAGGUCCACGAAUACAUUCAUUCCGUAGCUUCUAAUUUUAUUUUUCGAGUCCCGUUCGACUCAAUCACGCGUGUACGUAUGUACGUGUCGUGGAUAAUCGAUUUAUUACUUCCAUUUACACGGAACAGACGCACGUUACAGUGCAAAUUACAUGGAAUAUUUUUCGUUUUUCGCGAAAAAAAAAAGAAAAACAAUUCCGGCUUCGCUUGAAUCUCUACUCGUACGUGUUUGUGUGUGUAUAUAUAUA